AUGCCGUCGACGGCAUUGGUGGCAGCAAUGGCGGUAGUGGUUGUGGUGCUGGCACCAUUGUCGAUGUUUCCAUCAUCGAAUGGCUGUGGCGAGAGAAGAACUAUAACGCCGGAUGCUCAUCGUAACCGUAGAUGCCAGCCACCUCAGAAAAUUAUCUUGUGUGUAGAAGGAUUUGAGGCCAACAGUGAUGGUCUAGGCGGCAAACGAUAUCUGCAAAGACGUUAA